AUGCUGGCAUGGCAGGACGGCGGAGCCAAGGCGGCUCCCUCCCACCACAAGAUCUCCUUUUCGGUCCUGGACAUCCUGGAUCCGCAGAAAUUCACUCGCGCUGCGCUCCCGGCUGUGCGUCUCGCUGCUCGGGAUGCCAGGAAAAGUUUGGCGGAGGUUGAACCUGGGAACGACGCCAGCCCUGGAGACCCGAUUCAGGAGCAGAAGAGCUCUGAUGCUGCAGGCCGAAACGCUGGCUCAGCGUCCCCUCUGGAGGGCUCUGAGGCGGAAGAGGAGGAGGAGGACGCGGAGGAUGCGGGACGGGAGCGGGUUGAGCGCUUGCAGGCGGGACCCGCGCGCUCCCCCGAGGCCGGGGCGGCGGUCGCAGCUGGGGAGAGCAGCGCGGCUGGCGAGAGCGGCCUCACCGGCUCCUCCGGCUCGCCCGACUCCCCGCGGCCCCGGCGCCGGCGCGCCGAACCCAGCUGCGCCAAACCGCGGCGCGCGCGCACCGCCUUCACUUACGAGCAGCUGGUGGCCUUGGAGAACAAGUUCAGGGCCACGCGCUACCUGUCAGUGUGCGAGCGCCUGAAUCUAGCACUGUCGCUCAGCCUCACCGAGACGCAGGUCAAAAUCUGGUUCCAGAAUCGCAGGACCAAGUGGAAGAAGCAGAACCCAGGCGCCGAUGGCGCGGCGCAGGCGGGGGGCGGCGCACCCCAGCCUGGGACGCCCGGAGCGACAUCGGGGACCUGCGGCGGCUCGGGGAGCAGCCCCGGCCCCCCGGGCUCCAGUGCUCUGCCCUUCCAGACUUUUCCCUCCUACUCCGCCACCAACGUGCUGUUCCCCGCCACUGCGUCCUUCCCGCUAACGGCCGCCUCCACCGCGAGCCCCUUCGCGCCAUUCCUCGGGCCCUCCUACCUAACCCCUUUCUACGCCCCGCACCUAUGA